AUGUGGCCCCGACUGGACCUUGGUACACUCACCACGGCCUCAACACCUAUGGUGAUCCUCAUCAUACUCCUCGCCACUCUCACAGCCGUCCCACUACUUACACUCCUGCUCACCACCGCCCUACACCGCCUCGCCAUCGCGCGCCUUCCCACCACCCCCGACGACUCGGCACCUACUCGUCCCCCAAUCGUCCCCUAUUCGCUCCCCUACCUCGGCAACGCCCUUGCCUUCCUCUCCACCAAGCGAGGCCACUUCUGGGAAUCCAUUCUCCCCAUCUUGGCCGCCCACCCGUCCCUCAGCAUCCUCACGCUGCGGCUGGCGCACCAGACCAGCCAUGUCCUGUACUCCCCGCCCGCGGUGACUGCGCUGUUCAAAGCCAAUCACCACAAGGCUGACCGCCUGAGGUUCAACCGGGAGGUGCUGGUGAAGGCCUUGUGCAUGAGACCGGAGGAUGCGAGGAAGAUGUACUGGGACGCUAGAGACGAGAAGAAGAUGGGUGGUGCGAGCAAGGAGCGGGCCCGGGAAGUUGAGCGGGUGUCGUCGGAGAUCAUGAAGCGGUUCCUGUUGAGUCAAGACGCGGUGUCCGUGCUGACGAGGAAGUUUAUGGAGGUAUUGACGGAGGAGCUGCGGGCGGAUGAGAGCGGGGAGUGGAAGGAGGUGCGGCUGGUGAGGUGGGUGCGUGGGAAGAUGUUGACAGCGAGCGCGACGGCACUGAUGGGGUCGAGACUGCUGAAAUCGGUGCCGGACUUUGAGGACAAGUAUUGGGACUUUGACGAGGGCUUCUUGAGCAGGCUGUUCGCCGUGCCGCGGUGGCUGGAACCGAGCUCGUACCAGAGUUUGGAGGUCUUAUUGCCGGCCGUGGAAGAAUGGGUCAAGGCUGGUGAGGCGCACUACGAGGGGAGUCCGCCGCUUGACGUCGAAUGGGAGGAGUACUUGGGCGCUAAGGUGACACGAGCGAGGCGCAAGAUGUACAAGGAUUUUAACCUGAGCACGAACGGGAUGGCGUGCUUGGAUUUGGGAUUCAUGUUCGGACUCUCGUCCAAUGCAAUUCCGGCAACGCUAUGGCUGCUGUGCCACCUUAUCUCUCCGUCCCAGAGACCGCUUCUCAACAAGAUCCUCGCCGAGCUUGAAACCGCGAAGCGACCCGGCGGCCACAUUGACGUUAAUACACUGCUCACUGCCCCGUACCUCAAUUCUUCUCUCACGGAAACCUUGCGCGUCUACGUCGAUACGCUGGUUACUCGCGAGCUGCAGUCCGACAUGGUGAUCUGUGGGCACGAUCUGCGAAAGGGCGAACUCGUUAUGGCACCCUCUUACCUAGGUCAUCACGACGGCGCCGAGUGGAGUGGUGAGGGCGAUGACGCUCCGUCAGAGGCUGAGUGGUGGGGAGAGCGGUUCUUGAAGACGGAUGAGAAGACUGGAGAGGUGAGAAUGAGCACGAAGGAUUUCGCUGGAAAGUAUUUCCCCUUCGGCGGGGGAAUGCAUAUGUGUGCAGAGCUGACUGACCGCUUCUUACAACAGCCUGGCAGAGUGUUUGCUCGGCAAGAGAUCCUCGGUGCAGUAGCAGUGGUGCUUUUGGGCCAUGAGAUCGAGUUCGAUGAAUGGGUCGAUACAGACCGAAUGGGAACAGUGAGUAAAAGGAAAGGCAGUGGUGAAGCUGGCUUCCCGCACGCUCGCAAGCAGUACACGGGCAAUGGAGUUAUAAGUAUGGACGGAGAUGCGACGGUGCGGAUCCGAAGGCGGGAGAAAUGGUAA